AUGGCGAGCCGCGACGUCCACCUCCAACCUCGUAUGACAAAACGAGCGCCCUUCACAGUCGAAGCAACCGGCUACGAACCUGUGGAAGGCGAAACCAUCCCCCGCCGAAACCCAGCCGCAAAAGACAAACUCAUCUCUCGCCCUGCCGAUGAUGUUGCGACUAUCCACGAUAUCCUCCGGAGGGGUGCCAAAACCUUCGGUAACGCCAAAUGUGUCGGAUCCCGGCGUAUCGUCGGCACGCACAUUGAGAACAAAAAAGUGAAGAAGAUUGUCGACGGCGUGGAGCAAGAAGUUGAAAAGAAAUGGACUUAUUUCGAGCUCAGCGGCUACGAAUAUUUGUCCUUUGUUGAGUUUGAGAAGCUUGUCUUGCAGCUUGGUUCUGGGUUGCGCAAGCUGGGUCUUGAGAAGGGUAACAGAUUGCAUCUUUAUGCUGCUACUAGUGCAAACUGGUUCGCUAUGGCUCAUGGUGCUGCAUCCCAGUCCGUAACCUUCGUCACCGCAUACGACACCCUCGGAGAAGAAGGAUUGAGUCAUUCCCUCAAACAAACUAAGAGUGACGCCAUCUUCCUAGACCCCGGUCUCAUUCCAUCUCUCACCAGCAUCCUCAAAGAUAUUCCCAACAUCAAACAUGUCAUCUACAACACCGGGGGCGCAGAAGUGAACCAAGCAGAUCUCGACAAGCUCAAGUCGGAGUACAAUCAUCUCAAUGUUAUCAGCUUUGAUGAUGUAGUCAAGGCAGGCGAGGAAACCCCAGUUGACCCUGUCCCACCCAAGCCUGAGGAGCUUUGCUGUAUCAUGUACACUUCCGGAUCGACUGGCGUACCAAAGGGUGUGUCGUUGUCGCAUGAGAACGUAGUUGCUGCUGUUGCCGGUGUUACCGUUAUCGUUGGCCCAUACAUCGGACCGGGCGAUUCGUUGUUGACCUACCUUCCUCUCGCCCAUAUUCUGGAAUUCGUCUUCGAAAAUGCUUGCAUGUUCUGGGGAGGCACCAUGGGUUACGGAAACCCUAGAACACUAUCCGAUAGCUCCGUGAGAAACUGCAAGGGCGACAUUCGAGAAUUCAAGCCGACUAUCCUCGUUGGAGUGCCGGCCGUUUUCGAGACCGUCAAGAAGGGUAUUUUGACCCAACUCAACAAGGCCAGCUUUGUUGCCAAGAACAUGUUCUGGGGUGCCUUGUCCGCUAAGCAAUUCUUGAUGCAAAAUCACUUGCCUGGUUCUGGGGUAUUGGACGCUGUUGUUUUCAAGAAAUUGCGCGAAGCAACCGGAGGUCGUCUUCGUCUCCUGAUGAACGGCGGCGGCCCCAUUGCAAAGGAUACAUUGAAGUUCAUCUCUUAUGCCAUUGCGCCAAUGAUCAGUGGAUACGGUUUGACUGAGACCACUGCCAUGGGCGCGCUCCAAGACCCAUUGGCAUGGAACCCAGAGGCGCUUGGCGACAUCCCCGCAUCUAUUGAAAUCAAGCUGGUUGACUAUUUGGACGCAGGAUACUCCGUGAAGAACGACCCCCCACAAGGAGAAAUUCUCAUCCGUGGUAGCAGUGUCACCGGGGGCUAUUAUGAGAAUGAAGCAGAGACCAAGGAUGCAAUCACUGAAGACGGCUGGUUCCGAACUGGUGACAUUGGUGAAUUCGACAAGUACGGCCACUUGCGCGUCAUUGACCGUAAGAAGAACUUGGUCAAGACCUUGAACGGAGAGUACAUUGCAUUGGAGAAGCUGGAGUCUGUGUACCGUGCACACCCUGUCGUGGCAAACAUCUGCAUCUACGCUGCAGAGAACCAAAGCACGCCCAUCGCCAUCAUCGUACCACUUGAGGCUGAGCUGCAGAAGAUGGCAAAGUCGCAAGGUAUUGAGGGACAGACUCUAGAGCUUCUAGUGCACAACGAGAAGCUCAAGUCAGCUAUCCUGAAGGAAUUGCAGAAUGCAGGCAGGGCUGGCAAGCUUCGGGGUAUUGAAAUCAUUAGUGGAAUCGUCUUGUCUGACGAGGAAUGGAACCCACAGAACGGAUACACCACCGCGGCUCAAAAGCUUCAACGCAAGAAGAUCGUCAAUCACUUCAAAGCCGAUAUCGACAAAGCGUACGGGUCAUAG